AUGGCGCAGAACAAGCAAGAUACAAUCCCUCUCGGGGCUUACCUCUUCACCCGUCUCAAACAGCUCGGCAUAGGCUCCGUUUUCGGCGUCCCGGGAGACUACAACCUGAAGCUCCUCGACUACGUGAAACCAGCUGGUUUACACUGGGUUGGCAACUGCAAUGAACUCAACGCCGCCUACGCAGCAGAUGGCUACUCUCGCAUGCACACUCUGGGCGUGGUGGUUACCACCUUUGGUGUCGGUGAAUUGUCAGCUAUCAAUGCCAUCGCAGGUGCAUACGCUGAGCGAGCACCGGUCCUCCACAUCGUCGGCGCACCACCGCGUUCUACGCAGGCUGCGCGAUUGAAUGUUCACCAUACCUUUUUGGAUGGUGAGUACAAGCGGUUUGCGGCUAUGCAUACGCAUGUUACUGCCGCGCAGGUUUGCUUGGCGGAUGGAUUGGGAGCUGCGGAGAGAAUCGAUUGGAUCAUUGAGCAGGCGAUGAUCCACCAGAGACCUGUGUAUCUUCAAAUUCCUGAUGAUAUGGUUCAAUUGUCUGUUCCGACUGCCAACUUCGAUGUCAAGAGUGUUCUCAGUCCCUCUUUGGGUGCUUUAGAGGUUGAUACGGAUAGUGUUGAUAAGAUCCUGGAUCGGAUACACUCAGCACAGAAGCCACUGAUCCUCGUCGAUGGUGAGAGUCGCAACAUGGGUGUCAUCGAUGAGGUCAAUGAGAUCAUCAACAUUACCGGCUGGCCGACAUGGACUACAGCUUUCGGCAAAGGUCUGAUCAGCGAGGAGUUGCCCAAUGUCCACGGUGUCUACCUCGCAAACUGCGGAGAUAAGAGCGCAGCAGAUUACUUCAAAUCAUCUGACUUGAUCCUCUUCUUUGGACCGCAUUUGAGUAACAUCAAUACCGGUAUCUUCACGGCAAUUCCUAACGAGGACGUCACCAUCUCGUUUGCUCCAGAGCAGAUCAAGAUCGCGAAAGCAGUUAUUCGAGAUCAAGCCCCUCGGCCUUUCAUUCAAAAGCUGCUCAGCAAACUCGAUCCGUCGCGACUUACCAAGGUCGAUGGUCCGGCAAAAACUACUAAGUCUCAUCCUGAGCCUGAGCCGUCUGGUCCUCUUACCCAAGAGUUGUUCUACCCAUAUGUCAACCCCAUGUUCCGUCAAGGCGAUACUAUUUUGACAGAAACUGGCACUGCUGCAGAAGGCGGAAAGGUGUUCAAGCUCCCGGAAGGAUGCCGCUUUUUCACAGCUGUGACGUGGUUAUCGAUUGGCUACAUGCUUCCCGCCACGCUAGGAGCAGCUCUAGCGCGACGCGACAAGAACUCGCAUAACAAAGAUACCGAGCGCACGAUUCUUUUCAUCGGUGACGGUAGUCUGCAGAUGACGGCGCAAGAAAUCAGCGUCAUGGUCAAAGAAAAACUCAACAUUGUGAUUUUUGUAAUUAACAACAACGGAUACACGAUUGAACGAGCAAUUCACGGGAGAAAGGCGGACUAUAACGACAUCGCGCCGUGGAACUUUAAGCAUGCGCUGGGAUUAUUCGGAUAUAGCGAUGAGGAAUUGAAGACGCGGUACUUUGAGGCAAAAUCAUGGGGGGAGUUGAGGACUGCGCUUGAUUCAGAGGCGAUGAAGGGCAAUGAUGGGGUUAAGAUGGUUGAAGUUUUCAUGGAUCAAGAGGAUUACCACUCCACCAAAACUCCACCUGACGUCAAGUUCCCUCCCAAGCGUCAGUGCGUCGAGAACGGUCAGGACCCGGCAAACGCCGACGGCCUGCGGGCGCCCAGAAUAGCUCAAAGCAGUUUAGCCGGCUAG